GGCCGGUUCGUAGCGUAAUCCCGUAUCGAAAGCGUUCUCCUCCCCCACCAGCCGAUGGAUGGGUCCGCCCAACGCCGUGGAGUAGGAAACUAGGAAUCACUUUCGCGCGAGACUUCUGUCUGAAAACAUCUGGUUGAAAAACUUUGUUCCUGUGGUUUCGAGAAAUUAGCUUUCCCAAUGGCGGAGGGGCCGACGACGGAGACGAAAGUCAUGUGGGAGCCGAAGGCAUCCGUCUUCAAAACAGUCGGCGUGUUGAUGAACAACAUCAUCAAAUACUUUUUGUUAGCUUUGAGAAUGGUCACAUGCGUAGUUUUCUUUUACGCCCCUUUCAGGAAGAAGAAACUCCUUCCGCCGAUCAAGUCUCACCUACUCAAGAUGAGCGCGACACAGCUGGUUCAAAAGCUCAAAUCAAAAGAAGUCAAAAGCGUGGAAAUUGUUAAAGCUUUCAUAAACAGAAUAGAGGAUGUCAAUCCUAUUAUAAACAGCGUCGUGGAAGACAGAUUUAAAGAAGCUAUCAAAGAAGCGGAAGAUGUGGACGCGAUUAUCCGGGAUAGCAAAGAUCUGGAUCGAUUGUUCGAAGAGAAGCCUCUCUUUGGCGUCCCAUUGUCUGUAAAAGAGACAGUUGCAGUCAAAGGCAUGAGCAACAACAGUGCAAGAAGCAGAGUUAGCAGCAAUAUCGCGGAAAAGGAUGCGGACGUUGUUCACCGUUUGAAAAAUGCAGGUGCCAUACCUUUGGUCGUGACUAACACUCCAGAACUUUGCUUCUAUUUCGAAACUUACAACUCCCGAACGGGGCGUACCGUGAACCCAUACGACACGAGAAGAACGCCCGGUGGUUCUUCAGGCGGUGAGGCUGCUAUCAUCUCCUCGGCAGGUUCCGUGAUCGGCAUCGGUUCUGACAUAGCAGGCUCCAUUCGUAUUCCGGCCAGUUUUUGUGGAAUUUUCGGUCACAAACCAACACCCGGCUACAUAUCAAACGACGGUCACAUCCCUACGAGUGACGAUCCAGACUGGAACAAGUACUUCACUCUCGGCCCGCUAACCCGGUACGCCGAAGAUCUUCCGCUUAUGAUGAAAAUAAUGACGAAUAGACAAAGAUUUGAAAAACUGAAGUUUGAUGAAAAAGUUGAUCUGUCUAAAAUCAAAGUUUACUAUAUGUACGGAGAAGGACCAAAAUCCCUACUUCAAGAUGCUCCUAUAUUUUCUGUUAAAAAGGCCGUUAAAGAAGCUGUAGACGGACUUGUUAAACAUUUAAAAUGCCAUAGCGAAAAGGUUCAAUUGGAAUGUCUUAGAAAUUCUCUACUUCUUUCAACGCUUAUUAUGCGUAUGAAGGGCAUUGAAAACGUGCAACAGCGCGAUGAAAAUCCAGAUAACUGGGGAAUAGUCGAUGUCGUGAAAGUAAUUUUUAAGAAACUGACUUUACAAACAAGUGCAUCUAUUUCUCUUGUCCUGUGGGGUCCAUUGAAGUAUUUCAUCAACAGAUUUCCGCAGCCAUACAGAGAAAAGGCAGAAAACAAGCAGCGGUAUUGCAGACAAGCACUCCAGAAACUGCUCGGAGAUGAUGGUGUUCUUAUAUAUCCGACGUUUCCCUGGGAAGCUCCAUUCACCGACACAAUGGGCUAUCAGGUUACUAAUGUGUCGUAUUGUACUCUGUUCACUACAACUGGCCUACCAGUUUCACAAGUACCAAUUACGCUUAACAACGAUGGCCUCCCCAUCGGUGUUCAGGUAGUGGCUGGACCGCAUCAAGAUAGACUGUGCAUAGCCGUAGCUAAAGCACUCGAGAAGAUCAAAGGUGGUUGGGUCCCACCACCUGAAAUUGGAUAAAAUCUUAUUAUUAUUUUUUUAUCAAGGACUUUUAUAUAAUCAGUAUUAAUGUUAACAACUAUUUUUAAUACAAUAAUUCAUGUUAUUUGGCCCAUGACACUCAUUUUUAAUGAGAUAAUUUUUAUACGGAAUUGUGUUUUUAUUAUAAAAUAAAAUUUUAGGUUAUGAACAGUGAUGUGUUUAUAAUUAGUUUUACUACACAUCAGUGAUGAUGUUUCAACACACACUUUCAAACCAUCUGUGUAAUGAGCUUAUAAAAAAUUGCAUGAUAUGAAAAGAUGACAUUGUAUGACUAAAUACAAUAGCUUGUUUAUAACAUAAAAGGAAAAAAAUUCUUUAUCAUGCAUAUGAGCAAUUUUUGUGUGUAUAAUUUUUUAAAAAUUAGGUUCUGUUAUGUAAUUGUAUUAUAUAAAUAACUAUAUAUUUUAUUGUAUAAACUAUAAUAUUCAUUUUAUUAUAUUUAUGUUUAUAUUAAUGUGCUUAUCUUCUCUAUCAUAUGAUACGUACAAUUACUUUAUAAAAAUAUAUAAUUUUUGGCUUGCUAAACUCAAAUUUGGUUUUGUCUUAACAUUAGAUUUUUUUAGUUAAAUUAAUGUACAUCUGAAUUUUUCAAUAUACAAAUUUUUUUUUGAAAAUUGAAAAUUUUUGUAGGAAGUAUUUUUACUUUCAUUUUCAAAUUUCAUAAAUGGUAUAAAUAGACUGAAUUAUUCCAUAUAAGUUUAGCAGUCAUUAUUGACCAUAGUAAUUAUUUUAAUUAAUUAUUCUUUUUAUCUAAGAUUGAGAUGAAAACGUUAGUGACAUGAGUGAGAGACCCACAAUCUUUGGCUCAAUACGCUGCUCUAGCCAUUUGAGCUAUCAUGCCUUCCAUCCACUGCAGUUCGAAUCCUGCUCGUAACUUUUUUAUCUCAAUAAACCUUAGAUAAAAAGAACAAUUUUUUGAAUUAUGUUGUUUUUCGAUCAAUCCAAGCUGUUAUUCGAUGUGUUAUACCGCCACCUAAUAUCAAUGGUUUCAGUUCCUAUUCACUACUGAAUAUUGAUCAACUUGUUAUUACAUGUAAUAGUAUUAUAUUCUACAAUACAUAUUAUUACACAGAAUUGUAUUUGUGCAUGAGACAAUGAGUAUUAUAAAUUGAUGGUUGCUAAAUUCCAAUAAUUUUUAUAAUAUUUGUCACAUAUGUUAUGGUUUGCAAAAUUUCUGUGAUGCAUUGGCUAAGAAAAAUUAAAUUAAUAAAAUGAUUGUUAAUAAUUA